AUGGACUUGGCAAACUCUCGCUCAUCUUUGCUAACGGAGUUGUGCACAACCAAGCAACCGUGUGCCGAGUCAGAAGAGGAAGAGGGUGUGCAGGCGGCAGACUUGGAAGGCGGGACCUUGUCAGACCGUUGUCCUCUUCACUCAACCCCCUCGGGGCUCGGCGAGAACAUUGCUGGCCAACCGGCCGGUCUGCAGGCUUGGCGAAGACGGCUCCUCCCAAUGAAGUCGCUGGACGAGUACCAAGCCCAUCUGCCCAGUCACCUGGUCGUAUUCGACAUGGGUGAGACGGCGCUCGUGACUAUUCUACCCCUUUGCGUUUCCAUGCCUGACACGAUGUUGCGGAUUAUCCGUUUUAAUUACCGUAUUUCCCCAUGUACAAGCCACCCUUUUUUUCCAAAAUUUCCAAGCCCCAAAAGUAGGGGGGUGGCAUAUAUAUAA